AGUUUAGUAUUUAAAAGAUUCGCUUAGCAAAAAGUACAUUGAGUGAAUUGUAGCUGGUGGAUAAAAAAUAAAAAAAAAAACAAAUAAUUAAAUACAAAUAAGAAAAAAACCAAACAUGCGUUUAUGGAAUGCACAAACAAACUUCAGGCUAUUUUUAGGCCUUUUAAUAACAUUACUCAGUGUCGAUCAUUUAGAUGCCUAUAAAUUUUUGGGUGUGUUGCACUUUAGUUCUAAAUCCCAUUUUAUAGUCGGUUCUGCCCUAAUGCGUGGCCUAGUGGAAAAGGGUCAUGAAGUGACAGUAAUAAGUCCAUUUCCUUUGAAAAAACCUAUGAAAAAUUAUUAUGAUGUACCGGUGCCAUCGGUAUUAAAAAUAAUGGAAAAGGAAACUGAUGGACUAUUAGAAACAACGAAACGUAGUUUGUUGGAAAAUAUUGUAUCAUUUCAUAAUAUUGGCUUGAGAGUGACAGAGGCAGUUCUCAAUGAACCGAGUGUUAAAGCUUUACUGGCCAGCAAUCAAACUUUCGAUGCUGUCAUUUCUGAAGUAUUUUUAGCGGAAGCUUUAUAUGGUAUAAGUGAACAUUUUAAGGCGCCUUUGAUAGGUUUGGGUACUUUUGGUGCCAUUGCAUGGAAUACAGAUAUGGUAGGAUCCCCUUCACCUCUCUCGUAUGUGCCCAAUGCAUUUUUACCCUUUACCGAUCAUAUGUCACUCAAAGAGCGUCUCAUAAAUUUGGGCUUUUCCACAUUUGAACGUUUGUUUUUGGAACUCUACUAUUUGCCAAAACAAGAGCAAAUUUAUAAUAAAUAUUUCCCCGAUAAUGAAAGAAACAUGUAUGAUGUACGAAAAAAUGCUGCCUUGGUGCUGCUAAAUUCCCAUGUCUCUUUAAGUUUUCCACGUCCCUAUGUACCCAAUCAGGUGGAAGUGGGUGGAAUGCAUAUUCACCGUAACAGAAACCCAUUACCGCAAGAUAUAGAGAAAUUCAUAAAUGAGUCACAGCAUGGUGUGAUAUAUUUCUCUAUGGGUUCUAAUAUUAAGGCGAAAAAUCUGCCUAUUGAAAAAAGACAGGAGUUGCUGAAAGCUUUAAAAUCUCUUAAACAACGAGUGCUAUGGAAAUUUGAAGAUUCUCAACUAGAAGGUAAACCGGAUAAUGUUUUCAUUAGUGAUUGGUUUCCCCAGGAUGAUAUAUUGGCUCAUGAUAAUGUCAAGGCUUUCAUUACACAUGGUGGUCUACUGAGCACCACUGAGAGUAUAUACCAUGGUAAACCCUUUAUAGGCAUACCCAUAUUUGGUGAUCAAUUUCUUAACAUGGCCAAGGCAGUGGCUAAUGGUUAUGGUAUUAUGUUGGAUUAUAAAAAUUUAACUGCAACGGCUUUGCAACAAGCAGUGGAAACUAUGUUGGGUAAUCCCAACUAUACUAAAUUGGUAAGAAAUAUGUCAAAGCGUUAUAGAGAUCAACCUAUGAAACCUUUAGCUUUGGCCACCUAUUGGGUGGAGCAUGUGGCGAGACAUAAGGGUGCCAAAUAUCUACAUUGUGCCGGUUUGGAUUUGAAUUUUAUACAAUAUCAUAAUAUUGAUGCUAUAGUGAUUUUGUAUGGCGGUCUUUUAUUUGUGUUAGUCAUAGUCCUAUGGCUAUUGAAGUGUUUGGUGAGAUUAGUGUGUGGCAAGAAAUCGAAAUUGGAUAAUAAGAAAUUAAAGAAGAAUAUAAUUAUAAUGCGUGUCACUAAUUUAUUCUUACUAUUUAUGUCCAUCUACUCAGCUGUAGUAGUGGAUUCAUAUAAAUAUUUGGGUGUUUUACAUACUGGUGCAAAAUCACAUUUUAUUGUUGGAUCAGCUUUAAUGAAAGCUUUAGCCCAAAAGGGUCAUGAAGUUUAUGUGAUCUCACCGUUUCCACAGAAAAAACCUAUUAAAAAUUAUCAUGAUGUACCUUUAGAAACGAUGAUGAAGAAAAUGAAUGAGCUUACCAGUACUUUGUUUGAUAGUAACGAUAGAAGUGUAAUCGAAAAUGUAGUCAACUACUUUGAUAUGGGUAUCGAUUUGACUGAAACCGUUUUAAAGGAAGCCAAUGUACAACAACUUAUGGCCAGUAAUCAUACAUUUGAUGCUGUUAUAUGUGAAGUUUUUCUCUCCGAAGCACUAUUUGGUUUAAGUGAACACUUUAAGGCACCACUUAUUGGUCUGGGCACAUUUGGUGCUAUAUCAUGGAAUACAGAUAUGGUGGGCUCUCCCUCUCCUCCUUCUUACAUACCCAGUCCAAUGUUGCAAUUUACCGAUCAUAUGACUCUUACCGAACGUGUGGGAAAUUUGGCUUUUGCCACAUUCGAAAGAUUAUUUUUGGAUUAUCACUAUUUACCCAGACAGGCGGCUUUAUAUGAGAAAUAUUUCCCUCAUUUGGAAAGAGAUAUGUAUACAGUGCGUAAAAAUGCUGCUGCUGUUUUGCUUAAUACUCAUGUAUCCUUGGGUUAUGCCAGACCAUAUAUGCCCAAUCACAUUGAGGUGGGCGGUAUGCACAUUAAUCGCCAACGUAAACCUUUACCCGCCGAUAUAGAGAAAUUUAUCAGUGAGGCUAAACAUGGUGUCGUCUACUUUUCCAUGGGUUCUAAUUUAAAGAGUAAGGAUUUUCCCGCAGCCAAGAAACAGGAGCUAUUGAAUGCCUUUAAAAGCCUUAAACAAAGAGUCUUAUGGAAAUUUGAAGAUCUGAAGAUGGAAGGCAAACCCGAUAAUGUUUUCAUUAGUGACUGGUUCCCUCAGGACGAUAUAUUGGCUCAUGAAAAUGUUAAAGUUUUCAUUACGCAUGGUGGUCUUUUAAGUACCACUGAAAGUAUUUACCAUGGUACUCCCGUUAUUGGCAUACCCAUAUUUGGUGAUCAAUUUCUUAACAUGGCUCGUGCAGAAGCUAAUGGUUAUGGCAUACGUUUAGACUAUCAAACCUUAAAUGCUAAGGAUCUAAUAGCAGCUGUUGAACGUGUGAUAAAUAAUGAAAGUUAUAAUCAACGUAUAAAGGAAAUGUCUGCCACAUAUAGAGAUCAACCUAUGUUGCCUGUGGAUUUAGCUGUCUAUUGGGUGGAGCAUAUUGCUCGUCACAAGGGUGCUAAAUAUUUACAUUGUGCUGGUUUAGAUUUAAAUUUUAUUGAAUAUCAUAAUAUUGAUGCCAUGUUAAUAUUAUAUGGUGGUAUUCUAUUUACUCUUUUUGCUAUUAUCUACUUUUUGAAUAUGUUGAUUAAGACGAUGUUGAGGAAAUUCGCUCCUCAACAGAAGUCUAAUAAGAAGAACAAACAGAAAAAGAAUUAAUUAAGAGAAAGGCUAUUGUAACUUAUGUAAAUAAAUUUAGUAAAUUUUUAUAUUAUUUUUUAAAUUAAUUGAUGAAAAUAAAUUUAAAAUUAUUGUCUUUAAA